AUGGAGCCACUAUCUAUUGAGGAUUCGUGGACCCUGUUUUGCAACAGGAUCUUUAACGAUGGUAAUUGCCCUGGCCAUUUGAUGGAUGUUGCCAAAGGUAUAUUGGAUAAAUGUAAGGGCUUGCCCCUUGCAAUCGUUGCAAUCAGUGGGGUUUUGGCUUUGAAAGAUGUAAACAGAACAGAAGAAUGGGAGGUUGUUCGACGCAGUCUUGGGGAUGAAUUAGAAGGCUCUGGUCGGCUGGACAGAAUUAAAAGGAUACUUUUUCUUAGUUAUAAUGAUUUGCCCUGGCAUCUAAAGACAUGCUUGUUGUAUUUAAGCAUUUAUCCAGAGGAUUAUGAAAUAGGAUGCCUAAGACUUGUUAACUUAUGGAUUGGUGAAAGGUUUGUAGAAUGGAGAGAAGGAAUGAGUAUUGAAGAUGUAGCCAGGGAUUAUCUCAGUGAACUGGUUAAUAGAAGCCUAAUUCAAGUGACUAAGGUGUUUUAUGAAGGAACGCCCGACACUUGUCGAAUCCAUGACCUAGUGAGAGAAGUAAUUCUUCUCAAGUCAAAGGAACAAAACAUGGUGACAGUUACUACUGGACAACCAACGACGUGGCCGUCUGAGAAGGUACGCCGUCUAGUACUCCGUAGUAGUAGCAGUAACAACACCCAGCACCACCAACAAAGACACAAUGACUGCUUUGACCACCUUCGGUCGUUCGUUACAGUUGGAUACACGAACCUGCUACUAUCCAAAAUGUUGUUAUCUGAAGUUUUAGGGAGUAGCAAGUUGUUAAAGGUUUUGGAUUUGGGUGGUCAAGAGGCAGAGGAGGAAAUACCAAAUGAGAUUUUCAACUUGUUUCAUCUCAAGCAUCUGGACCUAUCCUGUACAAGAGUGGAGAGAGUCCCGAAAGCCAUUGGGAAGCUUCAACAUUUGGAGUUUCUGGAUUUGGGUAACACCAGAGUUAGGGAAUUACCCAUGGAAAUCCUAAAGUUGCAAAAGCUUCGGUUUCUCAGAGUAUAUCAACUAGUUGAUCCUUCAGAUGAUGAUUAUGGAUCUCACGGAUUUAAAGCUCCAACUAAUAUGGGAGGGCUUCUUGCCCUAAAAGUGUUAGACAACAUAGAUGUAAGUAGUGGAUCCACAAUAAUCAAGGAGAUAGGAAAGCUAACCCAAUUAAGAGAAUUAGGUAUUACAAAGUUAAGAAGAGAAGAUGGAAAGGAGCUCUGCUCCUUCCUUGCCAAUCUCACAAGUCUUCGGGAAUUAAGCGUUGAUUCAAUUGGUAAAGACGAUGAUCAUGAGAUAAUCGAUUUAAAUCAUCCUUCUCUUUGUUCUUCUUCUUCGUUUCUUCAAUCUCUUCGUAUGCUGAUUUUGCGUGGCCGCUUAGAAAAGAUGCCACAAUGGGUCGCUCGUCUUCAUGGCUUGGUAAGAAUAGAUUUGAAUUGGAGUGGGUUAAGGGGUGAGGAGGAUCCACUUGAUUCCCUCCAGCAUUUGCCCAGAUUGGGUGAAAUGAAUUUCUGUGGAUCUUACCAGGGAGAAGGGUUGUGUUUCACGGCUGGAGGGUUCCUAAAUCUCAAGAGGAUGCACCUAAAGGGAAUGGAAGGGUUGAGAUGGAUGAGAGUGGAGGAGGGUGCAUUGCCUCAUCUCCAGAAACUAUAUUUGGAACAGCUUCCAUUACUGGAGGAAUUACCAUUGGGUAUUCAGCACUUGAGCCAGCUUCAACGACUGUCUUUGUAUGAGAUGAGUUCUCAUUUGAGAGAGAUGCUGUUAGAGAAUCAAAUGGAAGAAAGUGAAGAUUACGCAAUAAUCGCACACAUUCCUGAAAUUCUCAUUGGUUACUAUACAGAUGACCGGGAAUGGAGAGAGCGCCAGCUAUGGGAGGAGAAGAAGAAGAAAACAUAA